AUGUCGAAGUCUUCAGAACAAGAUUUGCGAAAUGAUCCUGGCGCAACACAAGAGAGAAAUACCCACCAGGGUGCGCAAGAAGUGUUCGCACCAUCUGCUGCUUUAGAUACCUCGCUACUGGAUAGCAAUUCCGACAAGCUGGUCUCUCCGGAGGCUGCAACAGCACAAAAAACGCAUCGCGCAAGAAGGGCCUGUGAUGAAUGUCGUGGACGGAAAAUCCGAUGCGAUGGGGGACACCCUUGCCUGCACUGUAGUGCACUAAAUCUUGACUGCAGCUAUGAUCAACCGGACAAACGAUCUACGCGACUUUCACGGCGAGAGGUAGAAGAUCUUGCGUCUAAGCUACAGCGAGCUCGGAACCUCCUGCGGGCUCUCGCUCCGAAUCUUGAUUUGGAUGACCCUCAUCUAGAUAAAACUGUGCUGAGCAAGUUACAACUUCCGAUCUCUCAUAUGAAGUCUCCGGCAUCUACUGGUGCCAAACCAUCAGAGUCUCCUCAUCAUACCCCGCACUGUCCUGCGAGCCCUGAGCAAGAUUCAAACCUAGCCACUGUACUUGAGGAAACGGGGCGACUGGAUCUUGAUGAUAUGGGUAACUGGAACUACCAAAGUCACGGAUCAUCAUCUGCAUUCGUGCGACGACUGGGCGAACGUUUUGGCAACAUGUCUGAUUUGAGUAUCGAAGACAAAACGACAAACCUCCGAUUGCGAGGCACAUCCGACAUCUUCGAGUCACCAAAUCGUCUGAUGAAUCCUGCAUUCGAAGAUUCCUCACGUGAAUUCAUUUCACUGCCACCACGAGAGGUUGCCAUCGAAUUGGCCACUAGUGCCUUGAAUGAGGCCUGUGUUCUAUUCAACUUCUACACCGACAAGGAGCAUAGAUUUCUGCCACUUUUGUAUACAGUUCUGGCUUUGGGCUACCUUUUCUCGUGCAAUGAGCGGGCGCACUUUGGCUAUACACAUGCCAUAUCUGAAGGGAUGAGAUUCUUCACUGCGUCUCGCCGAAUGAUUGAUAUCGCGCAGUGUCGAAAUAUUCUCGCUCUGCAAACGGUUGUAUUCAUGACCUUAUUUCUUCAUUCCUCGGCGUCUAUGCCUACUUGCCAUUCAUACAUCAGUGCAGCUAUGGCCGCCGCUCUCCAAAUGGGUCUACACCGUUCCCAGCCAGCAGAAAUGGACUCGGUUGAGAGGGAGACUAGAAAGAGAUUAUUCUGGACGAUCCGCACCUUGGAGACGUACAUUAUUGCAAUUCUCGGCCUUCCAAGGACCAUCUCGGACGAUGAUAUUGAUCAAGAAAUGCCAUGUGAGAUUGAUGACGAGUAUAUCACGAAAGAAGGAAUCUUUCCGAUGCCAGAAGGGCGGAUAUCGCUAAUAACGGCAUCCAAUGCGCAUAUUCGAUUGGCCUGCAUUCUAGGCAGAGUCUCUACGGACGUUUAUCCGGCGAAACGAAUGCAGAGGGAGGCGUCGCAAAAAACUAGGGCAUAUGUCGUCAAUAAUGCAAAAGUUCGUGAAGUCGAGAACGAUUUGCGAAACUGGAUGACGAGCCUUCCAACCCACCUUCAGCCAGGCCCGGCUUCAUCGAAAGAUUUAACAAGAGCCCAGCAUCUUCUACGGCUAGCAUUUACCCAUGUUCAAAUAACUCUCUACAAACCGUUCCUCCACUACAUCUCCCAAUCUCGCGUGGACGACCUCACUAGCAAUCAGUGCUACGCAUAUGCAGCAGCGUGUGUUGAUGUCGGCCGAAAUACGAUAUACAACGCCAGACAGAUGGAAAAGCAAGAUAUUCUUACCGGUCCAUAUUGGUUUUCGAUUUAUACAACAUUCUGCGCAACGCUCGCUCUAACAUUUAAUGUUUGGGAGAACGCGGAAGUUGAGAACGCUUUGGGGACAAUCAAAGAUGCUGAGUAUGGUCGGCAUGUGCUUACGAGGCUGGCUUAUCAGAGCACAGCUGCAGAAAGCCUUUCGGAAACGCUGGGUAUCAUUUUUACACGGCUACCUGAGAGACUUGGGAAUGACAAGCAGCACGCAACGUUGAAAUUGAUCCCGCAAAGGAAACGACCGCAAUCUCCGUCUCGGCCGAAUCUCAUGGGGGCUCAGCAGCAGAACAUCCCUGUACAAAAUGGUCAUUCGGCCACAGAUGCCCACUAUCUUAGACAGCGAAGCAUCGUCAGGAAUGAUCCCCUCGACGUAACCCCCGGGGAUCUGAACUCCAAUCUCGACUCAACUCAUUGGAUCUCAAGCCAAACUUUGAAUGCGCCGAGCCCGUUGACCACGCGCUUUCUCGGUCCGGACUCGAUAGAAGAUGUUUUUGGUCCCGCUCAGUUAACACCAGGAAAUAAUUGGCCAGAGUCUUCAUACCCGAGAACAGAUUUACAACUGAACUUAGGACUUGGCAGCCCUACUUUUGGUAUGGAUCUUAGUGAUCCGACUUCACCCCAUACCUUCUCUUCUUUGGACCAGUAUGUCAGCAUGUUGAACUUAGAUUAUGAUGGGGCAACUGGCACGGUGCUAGACCAAUUUCCCCAUAUCUAA